AUUUCAAGCCCUGUUUUAUGACCAGCAUUUCCUUUGUAUAGUAUAAUUGUGUUAAAAGUUAAUUUUUAUAGAACAAUUUUCAAAUCAGUUCUAUUUUUAUGACCAGCAUACUAAUGGCAACUUAGUGGCGUUUUGUUUGGCAAGCUUGGGAUCUGAUUGGUGUCACCUUGUAUCAAUUAUCAUUUACCACACUGUCUAGUCUUAUGUAGCCAUCUGUUGCCCACAUGUUUAGCCACCACUGAAAAAAAAAUAUACCUGUAUGAAGCAACUGUUCUUUUGCCAUGCACUUUAAACUUCCAGUAGUUAGAUCAAGUGUGUAAUUAUAUAAAUUAGCUACAUUGCUCUAAUUUGCAAAGAAUUUAUUGUGUACUGUUUGCCUUAAUGCCAGGGAGCUGUUGGUGUCUUAAGACAAACAUAUUUAGAAAAUGGAUUCCUUGGUCUCUUCCGAGGAAACAGUGCAACAAUGGCACGGAUCAUUCCUUAUGCUUCUCUGCAGUUUACAGCACAUGAACAGUUUAAACAGUUGCUUAGAAAGGAUGACAAGAAAGGAGCAUUGCCUCCAGUGCGUCGAUUUGUAGCUGGAUCUUUAGCAGGCAUUACAGCUGCGUCAUUCACCUACCCUUUAGAUAUGAUUCGGGCUAGAUUGGCUAUCACACAGAAAAACAGGUACACUGGGCUGAAUAUUUUCACCAAAAUUUACAGAGAAGAAGGGUUUUCGGCCUAUUACAGAGGGUUGCUCCCCACCUUGAUGGGAAUAAUGCCUUAUGCUGGCAUAAGCUUCUUUACGUAUGAAACACUUAAAAAACUGUACUCUGACUACUUCCAUCAGAAAAAACUCAACCCACUCCACAGACUUCUAUUUGGUGCAUGUGCUGGGCUCUUUGGCCAAUCUGCCACAUACCCACUGGAUAUAAUUCGUCGGCGAAUGCAGACUGAUGGGAUUUCUGGGCCUUCAAGGCCAGAGUAUCGCAAAAUGUGGACUACAGCGAAGUAUGUUUAUGCGACGGAAGGAUUGAGAAAGGGCUUGUACAAGGGACUCAGCAUGAAUUGGGUCAAGGGACCCAUUGCUGUUGGAAUAAGUUUUACAACGUUUGAUCUGUUGCACGGUUUUUUCCAGAGGCAUUACAUUCAAGCAGAGACUGGUUGAGGAGGAAACAAAUAAGUUUGCCCCCAC